AUGGGGGACUCGGGCCUCCUCUCUCUGCCCAAGGGCCGGCCCGGCUGGCUCCUGGCCUCCGCCUUGGCCCUCGUAGCCGCGCUGGGGGUGGCCGCGGCCUGGCGUCGGCGGAGGGCUCCUCGAAGGCUGGCGCGGGUGGGGACGGUGUCGGGGCUCUUCGUUUACCCGGUCAAGUCCUGCCGCGGAGUGGCCGUGGAGCGGGCCGAGGUGACCCCGCUGGGUCUGCGCUGCGGAGAGAUGCGCGACAGGUGCUGGCUUGUAAUAAAAGAAGAUGGACAUAAAGUGACUGCGCGGGAAGAGCCUCGGCUGGUGUUGAUUUCUCUUGCUUGUGAAAGUGGACAUCUAAUUCUGAGCGCUCCAGAAAUGAAGGAUCUUCAUAUUCCUGUAGAGUUAUCCCCAAAAAAUCCAGUGCAGAAUUGCAGGGUGUUUGGCUUUGACAUCCAAGGCAGAGACUGCGGUGAAGAGGCAGCUCAGUGGAUCACUGCCUUUCUGAAUUCGCAUCCAUACCGCCUUGUUCAUUUUGAAUCAAACAUGGCUCCAAGGAAUGCAAAAGAUCUUAUGGAGCCUUUUCAACCCAGUGAUAAGAUUGCCUAUCCUGACUGUAGUCCAGUUAUGGUACUCUCUGAAGCAUCAGUGGAAGAGCUGAAUUCUCGGCUGGAGAAGACAGUUCAAAUACGUAACUUCAGGCCAAAUAUUGUGGUCACUGGCUGUGGUCCUCAUGAGGAGGAUACCUGGAAUGAGAUUGUGAUUGGAAGUGCAGAAAUGAAAGGUGUAAUGGCCUGCCCACGGUGUAUUUUGACAACUGUUGAUCCAGAUACUGGGAUCAUGGACAGAAAAGAGCCUCUUGAUACCCUGAAAAGCUACCGCCUGUGUGAUCCUUCUGAACAGCAUCUAUACAGAUCGCACCCACUCUUUGGAUGGUACUUUAGAAUUGCUAAAAUGGGAACACUUCGAGUUGGAGACACGGUGUACAAGAUAAUUCGGUGAUAC